AUGCAACCAACAUAUUUGUAUACCUCUGAAUUCGAUAAAGAAAUGCAAUGGCGUUCAAAAUUUUCCAUUGUAAUACCAAUUAUAAUUGGAUUUUUACAAAUGAUUUUAACAUUUGCUAUUAUUGGUCUUGAAAUAGCAUCCGUAGUUAUAUCACCUGUUACAGGAACACUUUAUGCUGGUUUUUGGUUAUCAAUUAUAUUCACUGUGUCAUGGGUUGCUAUGUUUACAUUGGUUUGUUGUCAUCGUUCACGUAAAUGUGCUUUAUAUGUUUUUUUUAUAUCAAUACUUUGUGCAGCUGCUGCUAUAACUCUGAUCGUUCUGGAUGCUUUAUUUAUUGGAGACAUAGAGAAAUGUUUUUUUGCCAAUGCAAUUUGUCGUGAUCUAGAAUCAUCUUAUACUCGACAAUCAGGUAUACCACUUGGUAGAAAAGUUCAAGUUUUAAAAGCUCAAUUAGCUAUGGCUGCUGCAUUAUUAGCCACGGCUCUCUUAUAUAUGCUUCUUUUUAUUUUGGCUAGUAUGGGUAGUCGAAGUAAAAAGAAUCGUGUAGUUAUCGAAAAUUCACAAUUACCAGCACAAGUUACUCGUCAACAUGAUAAACGAUCACCAUCACCAACAUGGAAAGCAGCUUCAGUACCUGUUACAUAUGAACCAAGUCAACUUGAAUGUCCUCACUGUGGUACAUCGAUUAGAUUAGCACAAAAGAAACGAUAA